AUGAAACUAACCAAAAUUCGAGAAGAGCCUAUAUCAGAUGCAGAGAAACAUCUAAUGACCCAGAUUAAAGACCAAAUGCAGAAGUAUCUACAUCUCAGCACCAUGACAAUCAAAGCCAAAGCAAAAAGUUUAUUUGUGAUGUUGAAAGAAAGGCUGGACCUGACUAUGAUGUUGAAUUUACUGCUCACUCUGAAUGGUUUAAACAACUCAAGAAUCAUUAUUCAGUACAUAAUACUCCAGGCAGUGGACCCGAGGAACAGCAGCACAGUGACAGAGUUUAUCCUUGUGGGCUUUGAGCAGAGUUCCCCUUCCACUCGGGCACUGCUCUUUGCCCUCUUUCUAACCCUCUACAGCCUUGCCAUGGCCAUGAAUGGCCUCAUCAUCUUCAUCACCUGGACAGACCCCAGGCUCAACAGCCCCAUGUACUUCUUCCUGGGCCACCUGUCUUUCCUGGAUGUCUGCUUCAUCACCACCACCAUCCCACAGAUGUUGAUCCACCUGGUGGUCAAGAACCACACUGUCUCCUUUGUGUCUUGCAUGAUCCAGAUGUACUUGGUUUUUUGUGCAGGUGUGGCUGAGUGCAUCCUGUUGGCUUUUAUGGCCUAUGACCGUUAUGUAGCUAUCUGUCACCCACUUUGCUAUGCCCAGAUCAUGAGCCGGCAGGUCUGUGUUAGAUUAGUGGGUGCAGCUUGGUUCUUUGGUCUGAUCAAUGGCAUCCUGCUUGAGUAUAUGUCAUUCCGGAACCCCUUCUGCAAAGAUAACCACAUAGAAAACUUUUUCUGUGAGGCCCCCAUAGUGAUCGCUCUCUCCUGUGGGGACCCUCAGUUCAGCAUGAAGAUAAUCUUUGCUGAUGCUAUUGUGGUGCUGCUCAGUCCCAUGGUGCUCAUCGUGACUUCUUAUGCUCGCAUCUUGGCCUCCAUCCUUGGCAGAGCCUCCUCCUCAGGUUGGGGGAAGACUUUCUCUACUUGUGCCUCUCACCUGACUGUGGUUGUGUGUUUGUACACCUCGGCCAUGUUCUCUUACAUGAAUCCCCGCAGCACACAUGGACCUGACAAAGACAAGCCUUUCUCCCUCCUCUACACCAUCAUCACCCCCAUGUGUAACCCCAUCAUCUACAGUUUCCGUAACAAGGAAAUGAAGGGAGCCAUGGUGAGGGCCCUUUGGAGAACCAGCCAGGCCCAGGCAGAGUCUGUAUAG